AUGGGUAUCCACUCUAAUGGGAGAGUACUCCAUACAGUCAACAGGAAUUUGAGGUCGAUAUUAGAGGAGUUGAGGAACAUCCAUGGUAUAUUUGCGUCUCUCGAGAGAACAUGUACCAAACGUAGCAACUAUGAUAGACCACCUCCUCUACCAGCAAGGUCUUGGUCCCCUAACAACAUCAAAUGUCGAAAAUUGGAUUUAACGCAUCGUUUUAUUCGUGACGCCCCGAAGUUCCCACUGGGAUCUCUGGGUUCUGGCUUAGAAAAUCUUGUUUAUUUCAACGUGACGACAUUGUCGGAGCAAUAUUACGGUGAUAUGUGGCUAGAAGCUAGAAAAAUAGAGUUCUAUGAACAUCAAGGAACCCAUAUUGACGCACCAUUGCAUUUUGGUAAUGGUCGACAAUCUUUAGAGCAGAUUCCACCAGAAAGAUUAUAUGGACCUGGUGUUGUAAUUGACGUCAGAGACAAGGUCAAGGUCAAUCCUGACUAUGCUGUCACAGUGGAUGAUAUUCUUGAACAUGAAAGAGAACAUGGUAAAAUACCACCAAAUGCAAUUGUAAACAUGAACUCUGGUUGGGCGAACAAGUACCCGGAUGCACGACUAGUUUUUGGUACAGCCAACGUUACAGAUCCAAGUUCCUUCCACUUUCCUGGCUGGAGUCCAGAAGCCUGCGAGAUGCUUUUACAGAAACGACAGAUUAACGUUCUUGGAGUGGAUACACCUUCAAUUGAUCCAGCACAGCCCCCGAUAUAUCCAUGUCACAUGUACCUCCAACCUAACAAUGUCCCAUUGAUGGAAUACGUGGCAAAUCUUGAUAGUAUACCUGUACGCAACACGACCAUUGUGCUGGGGGCAAUGAAAGUUCGAGACGGUACCGGCGGACCAACCAGAGUGUUUGCUUUCAUUGAUGAAGAACAUGACGACAUGACAGAUUCUGUAGAGACAAUAUAUCCAUGGGUUUAUUUAAUCUUUAUCAUGCUCUGUUGUUUGUACAUGUAGAAAUUAAUCAGAAAAUGAAUUUAAAGGAGAUACGUAAAUAAAUAUACUUUUGACAGAACACGAAACACUGAUGUCACUUGUAUUUAUAUGAGCUAUAGAACUAAAUCAAUAUUCGUAUAUAAAUAUUAGAGCUAUAUACAUUUUUUUACGACGCUGUCUGUUACUAUGCAGUAUCGAUAGGAUGAAGUAUUUCUAACAGAAAAAUCGAAAGACAAAUAAAUAUGUUUAUGUAAUUUUACAAAAUAUUAGAAGCUAAGAACGUUUCAUGGUAUCAAAAUACCACAUACAGUUUAUCCUUACACAAUUUCAAGUCUAGGUAAAUUUAAGCGACAUUAUUUGUAUCUUCAUAUAUUUAAUUCCAGAGAUUGAUAAGGUAAUGCAACAUAUAUUUUAUUCUACAGUUAAUAGUCAUAUAGUUCAAAUGUAAUGCGGUGUAAUGUGGGAUAAGUAGCAUUCUUUAUAGACAGCUAGUAAGUUAAGAAGUUUUGUUGACACUUAUAAAAAGGUUAUAACCUAUCUAGCAGAAUUUUGCAAAUAACACAAGCAUGAAUAUAUUUCUUUCAGCUGACAAAAUAUUGCAUUAAAAUACGUCCUACGCAAAUUAUUGUUGUGGUUAUCAU